AGUGUAUAGAAAACCCAAAAUCCUCACCGCAAUCAUUUUUUUUAUUUUUUCAAAUUAAAUCCUUUAAUCAAAGUUUAUCCAAGCUAAUUACUAUCAUCAUUUUACCUAAAUACUAGAAUAUCGUACUGCGAUACUAGUCCUUUUAUUCAACAAUUAUUUUAAUUGAAGACAUUCAAUUCUCAACUAAAAUUUUGGUGCAACUUACCAUCUUUCAUCGUUUCUCUCGCUUCAUCUACCAUUGCUUCUAUUCAUCUCUCUCUUUUUUCUUUCACUCUCUUUUCUAUCUCUGUUCAUAAAAAUCUCAUUCAUAUUCUUUUGAUAACAAUAUUAUAGUUGAUGUCAAUCAAUUUGUAAAUUACUGAAGAUGGGAGCCUACCUUUCAGAGCCAAAGACUGAAAAGUUAUCGGAAGAAGAUGAGAACGAGUUUAUUAAAUAUGGAGCCUCUUCUAUGCAAGGAUGGAGGACAUCUCAAGAGGAUGCUCAUAUAGGUUUACUUGAUUUUGAUGAAAAAACCUCAGUGUUUGCUGUUUUCGAUGGACAUGGUGGAGGUGAAGUGGCCCAAUAUUGUGCUCGUCAUCUCCCACAGUUCCUUAAAAAUUUAAAUAAAUACAAAGAAGGAAAUCUUAAACAAGCUUUGGAAGAGGCCUUUCUUGAAUUUGAUAGUCUUUUGACUAUUCCAGAGAUUAUCGAGGAGCUUAAAGUUAUAGCCGGCGAUGAUUAUAUUAGAAGUGAUGAAGAUGAGGAAGACGAUAAUGAAGCAUCUCUGUUGAAAGAAGAAGCAAAUUUACCAUUGGAAGCAUUGAUAGCCCGUUAUAGUGGCCAUGAAAAUGAUCCUAAUGAAGUAGUUAAACGUGAUCAUAUUCCGCCACAUGUUAGGCUAGAAUUUAACACCAAAAAGGCUAAACCAAUUUCACCUUUCUUGCGCGGUAAACAAGGACCAUCUACAUCAACUGCUGAAGAUGCGAAAGCUAUUAAUAAUUUAUGCAGUUCAUCAUCUACAUCAAAUGAAUCAGAGGCCUUGAACAGGUUCGAACCUUGCAGUUCAAGUAGUUCUACCAGUGGGUCAAGUUCCUCUUCUCAUAAUCUACCCAACGGAAAACUAAAUGAAAGUGGUUCAGAUCCCGAGAAAAAUUCACUGUUUCAUCAACAAUCUGACGGAGGAGAUUCCGUAUCAUCAUCUGUGACCGAAGCUAAUGAAGAUAAAAAUGACAUUUGUAAAGUUUCGUCUACUAAGUCUGAUUCGAGUAAAUGUACCUCCAAUGUUAGCGAAUCAAAUGAAGUAGUAUCGGGUGAUCUGUCUAAUUCAUCAUCAGUUGAUAUUGAAACAAGCAAGAAAGCUAACGGAGAAACAAGUGCGCAAAAUGAAAAGGACAGUUGUGUUUCGACAUCUUCAGAAGCUGCACCGGCUAAGUCAUCUAAACCUGAACAAUCAACCUCUUCAUCUUCAUCCUAUCCAUCUCCUUCAACAGCUGCAUGUGACAAUACAGUCAGCGCUGCAGCAUCUACAAGCGCUGAUGAACCCUCAUCAAGCUCCAAAGGAAAGGGCAAAAAGAAAAAAGUUGUGAUUCAAGAAAAUGUGAAAUCAGAUAGUACAACUAGACCUGGACGAAUAGAUUAUAAAGCUAUUUUAAGUGAGGAUUUAAUCAAAGACGGAGAAGAUAUUGAUGAUGAUUCAGACUCAUCAGACAUGGAGUAUGGUGAAGGUGAAGAUGAUGAUUUAGACAAUGAGGAUGAUGAUGAAGAUGAUGACGACGAUGAUGAUGACGAUGAUGACGAUGACGAAGAUGACCAAAUGGCUGCUAACUUCGAGGCCUCAUCUACUGAUUUUGAGAUACCUGGUCGAGAUAGUGGUUGCACCGCUGUUUUUGCUGUUUUAAAAGGCAAUCAAUUGUAUGUUGCAAAUGCCGGCGAUUCCCGUUGUGUUCUUUCUAGGCGUGGUAAAGCAGUUGACAUGUCUUUGGAUCAUAAACCUGAAGACACAAUUGAAAAGAAACGGAUAGAAGCUGCAGGGGGGUCAAUUAAUAGUGAUGGUCGUAUUAAUGGAGGACUUAAUUUAUCUCGAGCCAUUGGUGAUCAUGCUUACAAAACCAAUACUGAACUUAGUUUGAAGGAACAAAUGAUAACUGCAUUCCCAGAUAUUCGAACGAAAAUAAUAAAACCAGAUAGAGACGAGUUCAUGGUGCUUGCCUGUGAUGGUAUUUGGAAUUCAAUGACCAGUCAAGAGGUUGUCGACUUUGUUAAAGAACGUUUAGGCAAAAAGAGUUUGUGUUCAAUAUGUGAAGAGCUUUUCGAUCAUUGUUUAUCACCUGAUACUGAAGGAGAUGGUACAGGUUGCGAUAACAUGACUUGCAUUAUUGUUCAAUUCACGAAUAUUAAACCAACCGAUAGUCAGCAAGAACUAGAAGACUCUGAUGAUGAGGUAACCAAUAAUUCAAAUGAAGAGCAAUUAGAUCCGAGCCAGUCAGACUCAAAAAAGCAGCCAGCUUCAGAGAGUCAACAAGUUUCCUCUGAGCCAGCUUCUAAACGACAAAAGACUGCCCUUUAAGUCUAUAAAGUGUCAUGCAAGGUGGCAUUCUCUUCGUUUGCUUGCUGAAGAAUUAAAAGAAAUCGUUUUAUUAAACUUCAUUCAACUUUUCCAUUUUUAACAAUUGCUUCAUCACCUUUUUUGGCAAAACUCUUGGUCAUUUCAUUAUAGCUCAUCUUUCAGUGUCAUUUGAAAGAUCCUUGGAUGGAAUCAGCUUUGCUCCGUCGUGCUCAUUAAUCCUUUCUCUUUACACAAACCAAACACCACACAACAAACACAUAAACACACACACACACUCACUACUCGAUUUCUUGCCUUCCAUUCCUAUUUUUCCUUCUGACCGAAUUUUUCAUUUCAUGCAAAAAAACUCAACACCUUGCUUGUCUCCAAAAAGAUAAAUUUUAAUUUAAAAUCUAUCAGUUUUGAUCUUUA